AUGAGUUAGAAAUUAGAAAUCAUUGGAAGAAAAUCAGUUGUAUUUAUAGCAGCUAGUAUUUAUUGUCUUCAUUAUUGGAUCAAUUUUAAUUUAUGGAUAAGAGAAGAGUUUAACAUACUAUUGUAUAUACAUUUAAUUGCUUUGAAUAUCAUUUUCAUAAUGCUUUUAUGGUGUUUUAUAGUCAUGAUAACAAUUGAUCCAGGAAGACCAAAAAAGUAUAUUGAAAGAUUAAGAUAGAACAGAUGAG